AUGGAUUUUGAAGAAUUAUUGGCGUAUAUGAAUUAUAAAUCUCAGCAGUAUAUUCCGAUAAAGCAAGAAGGAGAAACAGUCUCAGCAAAAGAAGUUGUUGAAAAAGUUCCAGUUUUUGAUCAUUCGUCUGAUGAAGAGAGUGACAAGUAUGAAGAAGAAAUCCAAAGACUUGAAAAUCUUAAACAACAACUUCCAUUUGAUCUACGUAGUGGAAAGUUAUUUUAUGCCGAUAAAAUUGAAAAAUUGAAAGAAAAACAAGUUGAAAAAAGGAAGAAUCAAAAGGCAGUUAUUGUUAAAGAAGAGAUCAGAGCUGAGAAAGAAGUAAAAGCAGCAACAACUGAAGAACAAAUCAAAUCUAGUGAGAAAAAGCAGGUUGAACAAAUUUCAUCUGUCAAGAUUGAGAAAGAAAAAUUUAAAAAACCUGUAACUAUGAAUCCUGAACCAGUAUCAAAGAAAAAGGUUGAAGAAGACGCACCUAUCUUUGAUCAUUCACCAGAAGAAGAGAGUAAGGAUGAAAGUGUUUAUGAGGACAAGAAACAGGUUGAAAAUAUUUCAGCUUUGAAGGUUGAGACGAAAGCUGAUGAGAAACAGAUUCCCGGAAAAUGCUUAAACUGUGAAAAAUCUGAGACAAACAAUGCCAAACUCUUGAAGAAUGAUGAAACCUAUGUGUAUGAGUAUGAGAAUGAUUAUGAUGAACAUGUGUAUGUUCGUAAUUUUGAUUAUGUUGAUACACUAGAUGUUAUGUAG